AUGGCGUCUCGUCCCGAGGUGUCCCUCUUCAAGGUGUUUGUCGCUCCCGAUGCCGCCGAGAAGACGUCCGCCACGCUCACGAGCGGCUACAUCACCCAGGGCCCCAAGGUCGAGGAGCUCGAGCAGAAGCUCGGCGAGUUCCUCCAGAACCCACACACGCUGACGCUCAACUCCGCCACGAGCGGCCUGCACCUCGCGCUGCACAUGCUCAAGACCCCCGCGGGCGCGUGGCCGGGUCUCAAGCCCGGUGAUGAGGUCCUCACCACCGCGCUCACCUGCACCGCCACCAACUGGCCCAUCAUGGCCAACGGGCUCAAGCCCAAGUGGGUGGACGUCGAUCCGAAGAACGCGAACAUCAACCUCCAGGACCUCAAGUACAAGCUCUCGCCCAACACCAAGGUGAUCCAGUUCGUGCACUGGGGAGGCACCCCCGUCGAUUUGGACGGCAUCAAGGAGGUCGUCGAGUUCGCCUACGAGCGGUUCGGGUUCAGGCCCAUGGUGAUCGAGGAUGCCGCUCACGCCAUCGGAGCUGAGUGGAAGGGCCGCAGGAUCGGCUCGCUCGAGUCUGGAAACAUCUGCGUGUUCAGCACCCAGGCCAUCAAGCACCUCACCACCGGUGACGGUGGCAUCAUCACCCUCCCGAGCAAAUCCCUUUACGACAGGUGCAAGCUCCUCAGGUGGUACGGCAUCGACCGCGAUAAGCGCAACUACCAGGGUAAGGAUUUCAGGCUCGAGUCUGAUGUGACCGAGUACGGCUUCAAGAUGCACAUGAACGACCUCUCCGCCUCCCUCGGCCUCGCCAACCUGCCCCACCUCGACCGCAUCCUCGCGGGUCACCGCGGGAACGCGGAAUUCUACAACAAGGCUCUCCAGGGCUUGAACGGCGUGACCCUCCUCGAGCCCCCCGAAGGCGGCCUGUCCUCCUACUGGAUCUACACCUUCCACUUGCAGAACAAGCACGAUUUCAUCGCGUUCAUGAAGAGCAAGAACAUCAUCGCCUCGCAGGUGCACGCCAGGAACGAUACCCACAGCGUGUGCGCGCCCUACCGCACCCACCUGCCCCUCCUCGACAAGGUGGAGACCACUUUGAUCUCCAUCCCCGUCGGCUGGUGGAUCACCCCCGAGGAUCGCGAGUACGUCGCCGCGUCCAUCCAGGAGUUCUCCUCCACCAUCCCGAUUCCCCGCAGCAUCGCCAGGAAGAAGAUCAUCAUCACCGGCGGAUGCGGGUUCAUCGGGCACCACGUCGUGGAGCACUUCGCCAAGACCACCGACUGUAACCUGGUCGUCAUCGACAAGCUCUCCUACGCGUCGCUGGGAUACGAUCGCCUCAGGGACACCGGCGUCCUCGACCGCGUGCAGGUGUUCACCACCGACCUCAUGCAGCCCAUCCCGGAGGGUAUCGCGUACGAGCUCGGCAACAACAUCGAGUUUAUCGUGCACAUGGCUGCGGAGACCCACGUCGACAACUCGAUCGCCGACCCGGUCCCCUUCAUCCGCAAUAAUGUCGAGUCGACCAUCUCGCUGCUCGAAUACACCCGCGGGCUCAUCCGCAACGGGUGCGAUCUCAAGGCGUUCUUCUACUUCUCCACCGACGAGGUCUUCGGCCCCGCGCUCGGCACCACGAUGUUUGACGAGUGGGACAGGCACAAGCCCACCAACCCGUACUCCUCCUCCAAGUCAGCGGCUGAGAACAUCUGCAUCGCUUACGAGAACACGUACAAGAUUCCGCUCAUGAUUGUCAACGUGAUGAACGCGUUUGGCGAGAGGCAGCACCCAGAGAAGUUCAUCCCCAAGUGCAUCAAGAAGGUGAUGGACGGCGAGAAGGUUUAUAUCCACUCCUACCCCGAUAAGAAGACCGCGGGCACCAGGUUCUACAUUCACGCGCGCAACAUCGCGGCGGCGGUGAUGUUCCUGCUGAACAACGGCAGCAUCGGCGAGAAGUACAACAUCACGGGCGAGUCCGAGGUGAGCAACCUGGAGCUGGCGCAGUUCAUCUCCAACACCGUUGGCAAGGAACUCGUUUACGAGAUGGUGAACCAUCACGCGACUAGGCCCGGGCACGACCUUCGCUACGGCUUGUCCGGUGAGAAGAUGGCCAAGAUGGGCUGGGUUCCCCCGCUUGGGUUUGAGGAUUCCCUCAGGAACUGCAUCAGGUGGACGAUGGCGAACUCGCACUGGCUGAACCUCAAGAAGUGGGCGGACGAUCCGAACACGUACGAGGGCAUCACUCCCCAGUCCAUCGGCAACGACCCGAUGAUGGAGCGCGCGGCUAAGCUCUAAGUGGAUUGGUAGAUAGCAACGUAGCGGCAGAAACUAUUUAUUACGAGAUGUGUUUUUUGGC